AUGCCUUCUGGAGAGGGCAAACCUCCGCACCUCCGCUGCGCCCGACACAGUCGGGUGGAUUUUCAGGUUAAGCCCUAUGCAAAAUGGACCCGGGAAGCGCAGUCUUUUGUAACUCAAGUGUACUUGACCAUAAACUACUCUUCUUGGAAGAAAACAGGUUGCUUCGUAGUGAUACUACCAGCGUUGCCUGAGAACUCUCAGCCCCCUGAUGAGUACCUUGCUUCUAAUGGCACGGAUAAUGAGAGAUUUACGACUUCUGGCUUUUUGAUAGCAGACCAGAACUCAUUUGUCCGUUCCGUGGCAGAUCCUGUAAUCAUCCCUGCAGGCAGCCAGCUACAGCUUCAAGGAGUGGCACAAAAGCGAUGGGGCUCUGACGGUCGGAGGACGUGCACAGGCCUUCAAUGGGAGAGCACUGUGGAAAGAAAAUCAAGCUCUACCAAGGAAUCUCUGUCAUCACAAAAUACAAAAUUGAUUUCACCGAUAGUCAUUUUGCAGAUGAUUGAUGAGAAUAAACUGAAAGAAAAUUGGCCUGCUUCGCCUGUGCAGUCCAUGAUCCCCCAGCCCAGUGCUUAUCACAUGAAGCAAUCUCUGGCUAACCAUGGUUCAGUCAAAAUUAAUAGAGCAUUUAUGGUACCUCCCAGCAGAUUAGAAAUUCAAGCGUCUUUAGAUGACACCACCUCUCCAUCAAACUCUCCCAUCACAGAGGGAAAACAGUGUCAAAACUGGCAGAAAGGGUUUGCCUCCAUAACUGUUACAGCGAGGCGGGUUGCUGCAGGCUCCAGCAACCCAGCGUGUGGAGCUGGGACUAUGCAAGAACCCAACGCUGUGUCCCCCACCUUGAGCAAAGUCCCUGCUGCCCUCCAUCGCUGGCCUCCGCCGGGCCACACAAACCAAAAUGCGUCUCCAUUAAAGAUUUCUGAAUCUUGCUUACAGUUAGGUGAAGAGCCACAAAAGCGGAUUUUUGACCCUGGAAACAAGGAGAAUGGCAUGAGUCUUCAAAGCAGUGAUGGGAAAGUACCACCUUCAUUCAUCUCAUGUGUCCACCUUCAGGUUUCUCAGCAGUGUCCAAAUACCAUCUAUUACUUAGACAAGUCACUCAAUGUGUGCAUUGACCAACGCCGAAUUAAAUGCCAAAAAAUUCAUAGAUCAGCGUUGUCCUUCAAUAUAAAUUGCAGUUCGUCAAGAUUAACAGCAGAUGGAGUAGAUGGCAUAGCUAAUGGAGAGCCAAUAGAGGAGAUAUUUAAGACAAAGCUCCUAGGAGAAAACAAGACUCCACUCAGAUCAAGCUGGAGUGCAGACUUAACAGAAAAGAAUGCAAUUAAUAGAGAGACAACAAAUGAAGGCUAUUUGGGUAGCAAAUACCCUUUGCAAAGUGUCUUUGUCUCUGAACUUCCAGCAUUUGCGGAUGUACCCAGAGGACCUAAUAACGCAGUAACAACACAGAAAGAUGAGGAUAAGCAAUCUGGCAGCUCUCACGCUACAUACGCUCUCCAGCUUCCUAAUUCAAGUGAUGAGGCAGGAACACAAAUGCUGUCGGGAAGCAAGAAGCAGCAAUGCACCACGGACAGGAGCAGCACAACGGCCUCUGGCUCUCUUCCCAAUACAGCAUCCAGAAAGGCAAUCAUUGCUGCUACUGAUGGCUCAUCAAAAAAGAGAGAUCCCUCCAAAGGCACCUCCAAAUCCAAAGAGAUCCAAGCACAGGGUGUCCUGAAACCAAAAAUGUUUGUCUCCGACAGUAUGUGCAACAGAAAGGCUUCAUCGAGAAACCUCUUGGAAGAAAAUGUUUGCAGGCAAAACCAGCUCCUAAAAAGUGAUUAUGAAUUCUGUGGUUCAAGUGACAAAAUAAAGGAGCGUAAGGGGGAGGACAAGCAGGAGCGAGCCAGCAGGGUAACACUAUCCACGGCUCGCUCGCCAGAUGUUCCUCGUGAGAAAAACGACGCGCUCACCCAGCCAGAAACCGACUCCCAGCCUGAGAAAACUCCACCAGCCCCACAGACGCUGCGGGAAGCACUAGAAAUCCAUAAGCCUCAGUUCAUCUCUCGUUCCCAAGAAAGGCUGAAGAGACUGGAGCACAUGGUCCAGCUGAGGAAAGCCCAGCAGGGCAAUGCUCCCACAAGCAACCAAGGAGGGCUCGUUCGCAAGCUUUCCUCAACAUCCACCUCAAGCAAAAAAAAGCAAUACACCGUUCCUCACCCGCUCAGUGAUAACCUCUUCAAGCCAAAGGAAAGAUUCAUUCCAGAGAAGGAGAUGCAUAUGAGAUCUAAAAGGAUUUAUGACAAUUUACCCGAAGUAAAAAAGAAAGAAGAAGAAAAACAGAAGCGGCUCAUCAUCCAGACCAACAGACUGCGUGUUGAGAUCUUUAAAAAGCAAUUACUGGACCAGCUCCUUCAAAGAAACACCGAGUGA